AUGGAAAACUUGGACAACAUCAAACUAUACCUCAAGUCCCUCGACCAAUCACUAUCUCAAUAUGAGUCAACUCUCGAGCCACUCCUAUCACGCACACUCGAUGAGCACUUGGCACAACAAUCUUCACCCCAAGAAAAGAUCAAAUUCCUCAACAACUUCCAAUACGUUCUAAUAUCAACGAUAUACUCAUACUUGAAAACGAUUGGGAUUGAUACCGACACACAUCCCAUAAAGAAGGAGUUGGCGCGUGUCAAGAGUUACAUGACAAGAGCUAAAAAUGUUGAUCAGAAAAGUAAUCAACAUGAUGAGAGCACCACCAACAAGGCAAAGACGAAGGAGUUUAUUACUCGAACUUUGGGUGUCAAGAAUGGUGUUGAAAACACAGUUGGCAAUGUCGGUCCCGCUAUCAGUACGCAGAAUUUCCAAGGCACACAUACUAAAUUUAACGACGACGAUGUGGAGGAUGAUGAUGAUGAUGAUGAAAGUGGAGCUGAAGAACUGAGAUUGCGUACGCUGAGUGAACCAAAAGAAGAGGCACAGAUUGAGAGCAUACAGAGUAAAAAGCAUGUCAAAAGCAAGAUUGAUAAAUUAGCCAUGCAAAAAGGGAAAUCAAAACAGCUGAAGAAUAAAGUCACCAAACCCAAACACGGUAACUCUCCCAAACCCAAGAAGCAAAAGAAAACUAAAGGAUAG